AUGUUGGUGCUGGCAUUAAGUGAUGCGCAUAUUCCUGAUCGUGCAAUUGAUCUACCACUGAAGUUUAAAAAACUGCUAGGUGUAUCCAACAAGAUAUCACAAGCGAUACUGUUAGGUAAUUGUACGAAAUCCUAUGAAUUCCUAAAAUUUGUCAAUGAUGUUUCGUCAAAUGUUGUCAUUGUACGUGGUGAAUACGACAAUGGAUUAUUACCUGCAAGUAAGCAUAGUCGUACUAGGGAAAGUAUACCCAUUAAUACAGUUGUAAAACAAGGGGAUUUUAAAAUUGGCUGCUGUAGUGGCUAUACAGUUGUUCCUAAGAGUGAUCCAUUAUCAUUGUUAGCGUUGGCAAGACAAUUAGAUGUUGAUAUACUAUUAUGGGGUGGAACUCAUAAUGUGGAGGCCUUCACAUUAGAAGGUAAAUUCUUCGUUAAUCCUGGUAGUUGUACAGGUGUAUUUAACACAGAUUGGCCAUUCUCCAUUGAAGACGAAGAUAAGCAGGAGGACACAGAGAAGAAGAAGGACCAAAAUGAGGAAACCAAUCAGAACCAGGAAACAGGGCAACACCAAGAUAUAAAGGAAGAGGAUGACCAAAAUAAGCAGAAUCAAAAUCAAGAGAAUCAAAAUCAAAAUCAAGAGAAUCAAAAGCUAGAGGAAUCGAAUGUAGAUCACAGUCAAGAUAAAGAUGAACAUAAAGAUGAAGACGAAGACGAAGAGCCAGUUGAAGACGAUUUAGAACUUCCGGAACUCGAUAUUGACGGAUCUAAUACACCAAGUUUUUGUCUUUUGGAUAUUCAGGGUUCCACCUGUACACUAUACAUCUACAUUUACAUUGAUGGUGAAGUAAAGGUUGAUAAAGUUGUAUAUCAAAAGGAGGACUAA